GAGUUUGCUCGUGGUGAAAUGGCGACAUGAGGCUGCGUGAUGGAGUGGCAAAAUAGAGGGAAGCUAACUGAAGUUAUCCUUCAUCAUUUGACCUUAAUCUGAGGCCAGUAACGUCAACAGUGAGGACAAACGCAGCCUGUCUCUCUCCUUCCACACUGAGUAGGAACCUACAGUCACUGGGUCCUGAUUGUGACCGUGGAGCCCAGUUUGCUCUGCAGGAUCCAGAGAUGGCAUCAGUGAAGCUGGAAGACUGCAGUCAAACACUGGAGAUGAAUGUCAUCAUUAAAGAUGAAGAAGAGGAGGAGAAGAUUAGGACAACUGUUAGUCAUGGAUACCAUGUUGAGACAUUCUCCACAUCCAGAGAGCAACAGCAGGAAGAUCAGAGAGCUAAGAGGUCUCAUCACUGCCCACAUUGUGAAGAGAUUUUCCCAUUUCUAUCAAAGCUAAAAAUACACCUAAAAAUACACACAGGAGAGAAGCCUUUCUUCUGCCCUGACUGUGGAACUCGUUUCUCUCAUCUUUCCCACUUAAAAUCACAUGAACGUGUACAUACAGGGGAGAAGCCAUACUCCUGCUCUGUCUGUGGAAAAUGUUUUCAAACAUCAAAUGGGCUAAAAGUUCAUCAGAGAACACACACAGGAGAGAAGCCUUACGUCUGCUCUGACUGUGGAAAAUGCUUCACAACAUCAACUCGUCUAAAAGUUCAUCAGAGAACACACACAGGAGAGAAGCCUUAUUCCUGCUCUGACUGUGGAAAAUGUUUUAAAACAUCAAAUGAGCUAAAAGUUCACCAGAGAACACACACAGGAGAGAAGCCGUAUUACUGCUCUGACUGUGGAACUAGUUUCUCUGCAUUUUUCAACUUAAAAUCACAUGAACGUAUACAUACAGGAGAGAAGCCUUUCCUCUGCUCUGACUGUGGGGCGAGUUUCUCUCAUCUGGGCACCUUAAAAACACACCAACGUAUACACACAGGAGCGAAGCCUUAUUCCUGCUCUGACUGUGGAAAAUGUUUUAAAAGAUCAAAUGUGCUAAAGGUUCACCAGAGAACACACACAGGAGAGAAGCCUUACGUCUGCCCUGACUGUGGAACUCGUUUCUCUAAUCUUUCCCACUUAAAAUCACAUGAACGUGUACAUACAGGGGAGAAGCCAUACUCCUGCUCUGUCUGUGGAAAAUGUUUUCAAAGAUCAAAUGGGCUAAAAGUUCAUCAGAGAACACACACAGGUGAGAAGCCUUACGUCUGCUCUGUCUGUGGAAAAUGUUUUCAAACAUCAACUGAUCUAAAAGUUCAUCAGAGAACACACACAGGAGAGAAGCCUUAUUCCUGCACUGACUGUGGAAAACGUUUUAAAACAUCAACUGAUCUAAAAGUUCAUCAGAGAACACACACAGGAGAGAAGCCUUAUUACUGCUCUGACUGUGGGGCGAGUUUCUCUCAAAUUUCCCCCUUAAAAUCACAUGAACGUAUACAUACAGGAGAGAAGCCUUUCUUCUGCUCUGACUGUGGGGCGAGUUUCUCUCAGCUGGGCAACUUAAAAACACACCAACGUAUACACACAGGAGAGAAGCCUUAUUCCUGCUCUGACUGUGGAAAAUGUUUUAAAACAUCAACUGAGCUAAAAGUUCACCAGAGAACACACACAGGAGAGAAGCCUUUCUUCUGCCCUGACUGUGGAACUAGUUUCUCGCAACUUUCCAACUUAAAAAAACAUGAACGUAUACAUACAGGGGAGAAGCCAUACUCUUGCUCUGACAGUGGAAAAUGCUUCAAAACAUCAACUGUGCUAACAGUUCAUCAGAGGACAGACACAGGAGGGAGGCCUUAUUCCUGCUCUGACUGUUGAAAAUGUUUUAAAACAUCAAAUAAGCUUAAAGUUCACCAGAGAACACACACAGGAGAGAAGCCUUACGUCUGCUCUGACUGUGGAACUAGUUUCUCGCAACUUUCCAACUUAAAAUCACAUGAACGUGUACAUACAGGGGAGAAGCCAUACUCCUGCUCUGUCUGUGGAAAAUGCUUCAGAACAUCAACUAAGCUAAAAGUUCAUCGGAGAACACGUACAGGUGAAAAGCCUUACUCCUGUUCUGACUGUGGGGUGAGUUUCUCUUGACUGGAUACCUUAAAUACACACCAACAUAUACAUGAAGGAGUGAAGCCAUACUCCUGCUCUGUUUGUGUAAAAUGCUUCAAAACAGCAACCGAGCUAAUAGUACAUCAGAGAACACACGCAUGAGAGAAGCCUGCUUACGUCUGCUCUGACUUUUGGGUGAGUUUCUCUCACCAUAGCAACUUAACACACCAAUGUAGUCACACAGGAGAGAAGUCUUACUCCUGCUCUGUGGAAGGGUGGGCGUGUAACUCAAACUUCUAGCCAAAGGCUGCUGUGUUUAGAAUCUCAUCAAGGAGGACUGUAGCAUUUUAUAUAAGGAAAUCAGUCAUUUUAAAUAAGAGGCCAUAAUCUAUGGAUUUCACAUGACUGGGCAGGGUCUCCGCCAUGGGUGGGACUUGGGAGGGCAUCGGCCCACUUGGGAGCCAGGCCCAUUCAAUCGGCAUGAGUUUUUCCCCACAAAAGGUCAUUAUUACAGACAGAAAUACUACUCAGCCCCCUCCCAGACAAUCCUGCAGGUGAAGAGGUCCUGGGCUGCCGUGGUUACAUGUGAUCUGCAGUUGUGAGGCCGGUUGGAUGUACUGCCAAAUUCUCUAAAAGGACGUUAGAGGUGGCUUAUGGUAGAGAUAUACAUAUUGAAUUCUCUCCUGCAGUCAUCAUGACAAUUGCACAUUCCCUGAACUUGAGAGAUAUGUGACAUUGUGUUGUGUGGCCUUUUAUUGUCCCCCAGCACAAGGUUCACUUGUGUAAUGAUAAUGCUGUUUUAACAACAUCUUGAUAUGCCACACCUGUCAGGUGGAUGGAAUAUCUUGACAAAGGCUGAAAUGCUCACGAACAGGGAUGUAAACAAUGUUGUGCACAACAUUUGAGAGACAUUAGCUUUUUCUGCACAUAGAACAUUGCUGGAAUGUUUUAUUUCAGCUCAUGAAACCAACACUUUACAUGUUUAGUUUAUAUGGGUAUUGUAAUGUAACCUAACAUACUAAAUGGCGUGGCACGAAUGUUUUUGUAAUACAUAAUACGUUUUGCUCUGAGACCAGGUUGUCCCUCUGCAGUAUUCUGUGGGAAUGAGCUAGUAGACACUUCUUAAAAAAAAAAAAAUGUGGAACCUUUAUUUAACUCUGCAAGUCUGUUAAGAACAAAUUCUUAUUUACAAUGAUGGCCUAGGAACAGUGGGUUAACUGCCUUGGCAGAACAACAGAGUUUUACCUUGUCAGCUCGGGGACCUUUUGGUUACUGGCCCAAUGCUCUAACCACAAGUCUACCUUCCGCCCCUAACAUGUAUCAGAUAGAGAUGGUUUGAUGAUCACUUUUCACCACUAGUUUGGGGGGAUUAUUUUACAACUUUAUUUAAUGAUACACAGUUUAUGAAAUGAAUCCAUGUGUUUAUUAAUUGUCUUUAAAACUAGAUGAGUUAUUUUAGUUAUUGAUCAUGAAUGUGUUUGGAUAACUGCAUUGAAGCAAACUUUAUUGAUCUGCCAAUGAAAAAUAAAGUUACAUGAAUAUGUA